AUGAUUCCACCUGGGGACUGUUUAUAUGCGGGAAGGAAGAGAAGGAAGCCCAUCCAAAAACAAAAACAGACAGCGGCCACCCAGAAGACCAAUCCGUCGAAGAGGCACCGUGACCGUUUGAAUACAGAGCUGGACAGGCUGGCCAGUCUCCUACCCUUCACCCUGGACAUCAUCUCCAAACUGGACAAGCUCUCCGUGCUGCGCCUCAGUGUCAGCUACCUCCGGGUCAAGAGCUUCUUCCAAGCCAUCCAGGAGAAGCCAUGCAGAAAGCACAUCAUGAAGCCGCCUUUGAACCACCAGGAUACCAGGAAAGAGAGCCUGCCCAUUGGAACCCCGGGGACCAGCAUCAGCGUGGUAGAGAGUGACCUCUUACUGGAGUCCUUGACUGGUUUUGCCUUGGUGGUGGGCACAGAUGGGUUGAUAUUCUACGUCUCCAGCUCCAUUGUUGACUACCUGGGCUUUCAUCAGACGGAUGUGAUGCAUCAGAAUGUAUUUGAUUAUAUACAUGUGGAGGAGCGGCAGGAGUUCAGAAGACAGCUCCACUGGGCCAUGAACCCCGGGCCCCAGGGGGCAUCCCUGGACCAGCACUCGGCCACAGUAACUGAUGAUGACUUUGUGAUGAGCAGUCUCUUUAACGCCCUGGAGCCUGACGGUGUUCCUCUAGAGCUCACCUCUUUCCUGACUCGCUGUUUCAUCGCCCGGGUCCGCUGCUUAUUGGACAGCACCUCAGGCUUUCUGAGCAUGCAGUUCCAGGGCAGCCUGAAGUUCCUGCAGGGCCAGAAGAAGAAGACAGAGUCCGGGGCACUGCUGCCCCCCCAGCUGGCCCUGUUCUGUGUGGCCGUUCCACUCAUGAUACCCUCCAUCACAGAGCUGAAGAUGAAGAACAUGACGGCCAGGAGCAAGAACAAGGGCCCCGUCAUCACCACACUGGAUAAGCACAGCAGCACUACCAGAGAACCCUGCCACUACACCCCAUGGACACCCCUCUCCAAAGACGGCACCAGAUACAAGAACGACAGCUACUACACCCAGGAGGAGCCCCUGAACUUCUGCCUAUCCUCCAUGAGUGGUGGGGCCAAAACUCAGAGCAUGGAUCAUCCAUGGGACAUCCGCACAGGGUCCGCCAUGCGAAAGGGCCCCAGCGGCACCUACACACCAGGCAGACAAAGCAAGUACAAUUACCUGGGGAAGACUAGAUCCUACAGGAUGUCUCCAGGAUAUCACGCUAACAGACAGGACGCAUCUCAGAACAAGCUGUACGGAGGCCUCCACAGCCCUGAGGUGGAGAGCUACUGCGAAGAUGGCAUGAAGACAGACAACAGGUACAUGGGCGGCCAUCUUGACUGUUACAAUGGCAUGGUGUUGCCUGAGACGGCCAUAAAAACAGAGCAGGACUCUGACUCAGAAAACGGUUGCAAUAUCUACGGCAUGCCCCAAAAUAGAGCCUGGGUGGGGAACGAAAAGCGCUACAUGGGCUACUCAGAAGAACCACAGGUGAAGUCAGAGAAUAACUACUUUGAACAAUACACCACCUGCCAAAAGAACAAGACCAACAUGAGCUCAAUGCUCAAUGGACACCAUAAAUACUUAUAUACAGUGGGGAACAGGGCUCAGAAGGAUCAUAGGAUACCACACUCAGACUCUCUGUGUAGUAGUCAGGGAGAAAACUGUAUGGACUUCAGUGUAUAUGGCUACAUGGAGCAAGACAACAAACUGAACGACGAGUUCAGGAAUCACCUGGUCCACGCUAUAAAGAGGGAACCCAUGGACUCACCUCUAUGGUCUGACAGUGGCCAUGACAUUAGCCAAAUACCCAUGCAGAGAAAUAUGAUUCCCAACUCGUCAAUGAAUGCUAUUGUAUACAAACCAAACCCAUAUAUCUACAUGCAAUGA